GAGCAUGCGCAGACAUGAGUUGUAUAAAAGGGUCAGUAAAGGUUCAUCAUGCAUGAUAAUACUACAAUUUCUAAGCAACCUUCACGCUGCCUUAUAAACCCGGAUGUUUUCUACAGGGUGCGCACGUGUUAGUUAAUCGUAUCUGUAUAAUUUUUGCGCGAAAAAGGUCGUUUAAAACCCACAAUGUUUGAGAAAAUAGGACUUUGUGUCUCUGGAUUAGUUUUAAUCUUAAAUAUAGUGGGUGUGGCCAUCCCGUACUGGUUCUAUUCCGGAAGUAUACAUGGUGUACCAGGGACAAGUAUGAACUUUGGGCUGUGGAAAAGCUGUGCGGUCAUGCCAGAGACCCUACACGGCCCUUUGAUUUCGAUAUGCAAGCCAAUUGCUGAUAUAAAAGGGUUUCCACUACCAUCUGAAUUCAAAGCGACUCGAGCUCUUGAGAUUUUGGCCAUUCUUGCAACAGUAGCGGGCGCAGUUGUCGUCUGCUUGAAAAUGUUUGUUAGGAAGAACGACAACCGUCUGCUGUAUGCUGCUUCGCCGAUUCCCUUUAUUGCAGGUUUGCUUAUGAUAAUCGGCGCAGUCGUCUUCGUGGCUGAUAAUAAAGCGAAAAAAGCAAUCGAUUCUGGAUUCAACACAGAUAUAAAACCCCAUGCUGCGUUUGGCCUCUGUAUUGUAUCAGGGAUCCUAAGUUUUGUUGCUGCAGUGCUAUACUUUCUCGCCGCCAGGACGAUUCCAGGUCUUCGGUAAAGAUGGGAGUUACUUAUCUGGAGGUCUACUGUAAAAUUCUCAGUAAGAACAAGGAAAGAAAUUGAUGUAUUUUAUCAGUAGGAUACGAAUGUAAGAAGCGACAGACUCAUCCUCACUUUUUAGGGCAUGUUGUUUAAAAUUAUUUGCCAUUCUUGCAUAAAAACUACUUUUUUCACUGGAUUCGCCCAUGUAUUAACGGGAGAAAAAUCGUGUGCAAACAAGGCAGUUCACGUGCUGUCAAUACCCGAUUUUUAUUUUUGAAAUGCUUUUCCAGGGACGUAUAUGUAAUUCUGCGCAGAUUGACAUCUGGAAUCUGCGUCAUUUUUCUUUCAUAAAAACCUCUUCUUGAAGCAUUAAAGAUGCAAUCUAAACCAUAGAAUGUUUUACUGUAUCAGUAACUAACGCCAAAUGUGCUGCCCCUACAUUGUUCGUACUCGUUUCUUCCCUUGUUUACUCCCCUUUUAGAACUCUGCGUCAAUUCAGAUUUUGUAGACAACCGUCAAUGUUAAAGAAUCGCGUGUUUACCUGUGCGGUUCUUUGUUUUUAGGUAUCAUAUUUAUGAUUUUGGUAAGUAUCUGUCAGUAUGUUUUUAUCUAAUUUCUCGAAGAAUUUAUAUAAACAGCUUCGAAACUUGACACUACGUUCGUACUCAUCCGUACUCCAACUGCGUGUCCGUACUCAAUAUAACUCGAAUGUAAAGUUAUUAUUCUUGAAAUUGUGAUCGAGUCCACCAAAUUGUGAAAUGAUAUGAACAAUUAUUGGUAAUUUUAUGUUUGUAAUAACGAGAGAUAAAAAAUCGCUUAAAAACAUUCAGGAUGUGCUUUUGAAAGUGUUGUUUAUUUCCGGGCCCUGGAUACGGAUAUUUAAAACAUGUUUACCGUUUCCAAGGACAACUGGAAUGGUAAAUAAAAAAUGUACCGGAAUCGUCAAGUCAUCACAUAUGAAAAUAAUACAUAAAUCGUCGUGAGAUAUAUUUUUAUGC